GCGCGCGCGGCCGCGCUUGCGGCCGCGCUAUGUCCCCGCCCCCCGGACGGGGGCUGCCCUCAGCAAGGGCUACGACGGCCUCGUGGCAUGCCGCGACAAGAGGCAACUUCGCGUUGGCGACCGCGCUGUUCCACGGCAGCAGCUGGCGCUGGUGCAGAGCAGAGCGCUCAGGAAGAUGCGCGCCGAGAACGGCGGCCGGCUGCGCCAGCAGCACGAGUGGCAUUUGCAGCUCUGCCAAGCAGCCGCGCACCGCGGCCUCAAGCAUGGCGGCCGACCGCGCGGCGGGAAGGUUGCCAUGGGAAAGACCAGGCGGUCGCUGGAGCUGUGCGCUGCUGUUGCCCGCGUUACCCAGCGGGCGCUGGGCAAGCGCAUCCGUUCGUGGUCGCAGGAGGCGCGCGUCGACGGCAUGGUCUUGAGCAGAGGCUUCGACUGCACGCCGUGGCGUGUGAGGUUCGGGGGCCUGCAGUUCGAAGUGGCGCCGCAUGCGAGGUACCUGGUCAAGGACGCGGAGACUGGCAGGUGGGAGAGCAUCAGCGCCAAGGAGUACGUCGACAGGGGCAUUGGGCGUGCCUUACCUGGUAGGGGGUCAGUCGAACUAUUGGGCAUGAAGAUGCACCUGUCGCUCGUUGACUCGGACCCCGGGGGGCAGGGGGGGGCGAUCGACGGCGACGAGGGCGAUCAUCUUGAUUAUAAUAGCCACGAGGAAAACGUGGAGGUGGACGCUGGAGAUGCGAGGGGCACCAAGAGGGAUGGGUUCGAGCAGCGCGUGGAUGCGCCCACUCCACCGUGCUUCCUUCAGAACAGCCGCGCGAGCACCAUCGUCGAAGGCGUCGAGGCCGCCUUCGACGGGCUCAACACGCAUGGCAUCAGGGAGCUCGCGCGCACCGUGCCGUACAUCUUCUUGAGCCAGGUGCCGGACAAUGCGCCAAGCAACGGGCGCGCGUUAGGCUAUAUCCAUGACCAGUUGCAGGACCUCACCACCGUCCUCGAGAACCCAUUGGACAUUUGUGCUGUCCACGCCGUGCACGCGACCAUGGUGCACGCUGUGAACGAGGAAUCCCUGAUUGGUGACGUGCACGCACUGACGGUGGUCCACAGGUCCGUUGGCCAUCACAACGCAGUGGCCAUGGCCCUUGGCAGUCUCCUGCUAGAUCCAGAGGUAUUCGAAUACAACACCUUGGACUUGCCAGACCCGCGCUGGGCACAACACUUGGAUGAGCUCAUGUGGUUCAGCGUGGGGAAGGACGUGCGCGGAAGCACCGACAAUGCUGGCGCAGCGGCGAGUGAGCCGCAGAACAUCGAGCAGAUCAGACGCAAGAUCGCGAAGCUGAGGCAGUUCAUUAACGGCGAUGUUCGCUCUGGGCGGAUUAUCCAUUACGAGCGCGCUUGUGGACGCUGCGCGUCUGCUGCCGCAGCAGCGGAGAACACUCUGUGCGCGCUGCUGGAAGCAGGGGUGUUGCUCCCGGCGGGUUGCACGGAGCCGAGCAAAAACAGGUGGGGUCACAUGGGCGAGAGCAUGGCGCAGCAGGCGCCUGGCAUCAUGGUGCACGACUUGGCCGCGCGGUCGCUCCUGCGCGCCUUCCCCAAGUGGGAGAGGAUCGCUGCCGCGCAUGACCAGGAAGCAGACAGCGUGGAUUACCGCCAGUGCGUGAACAGCAAGGUCAUUCGUCCUCGCGUCAGUCCCUUCGUCGAGUGCCAGCGCCGGCUCAUGGCGAUGCUGACGAAGCCAGCGUCUGAGGAGAGCAUGGCGUGGUCGGGGCUCCCCAUGCUAUUCUUCCACUACGCUGGACGGCCCACCGAGCUCGGCAUAGUGAAGCAGUGCAGCAUGCAGAUCUGCGCUUCCGCGCACGCGCAGCUGCACUGGAGGUUCCACGACGCGCUUGGGGACUGGCCCUUCCGGCUGUUCAGGAUGUCGACGGAUGCUUCGACCGAGGACUUCAAGCAGGCUGCUGCUGCGUUCUUCGCCGAGAUUCAUCGGAGCAUACACGUUGGCGAUGUCUUCAUGGAGCGUGUGAGGGCGAAUGGCUUUCUGACGCAGUGCCUCUCACAGCACCUGCGGGCUGGUGGCCCGGACCCACGAGAGGAACACGCUGAGGAUAUGAUGGCGGCUGGCGUCCCGCUGGAGCGGUCUGUCAGGCCCGUCGCCAGGGCGGGACACGCCGCGCCAGGGUGGAUGAUGUAUGUGAACGCAGAGGAAAAGCCGAGCAGCAGCGUGUCUCAACCUCGUGACAAACGACAGCGUGUUCAGGCCCGCACCUUACUGAAGGCAGAGUUUGACAAUCUCCCGCAGGAGGAGCAGGACACUUGGAAUGCCAAGGCAGCGGAGGCUCACUUCAUUAAACGGCAGGCUGCAGCGCGCGAGGCAGCUCUUCCAGAGGUCGAGCCCCUACCGGAGACCUGUGGUCCUACUCCCAUGUGCGGCCUCAGUGGUGACGGCCUCCCGCUGAGCCAUCAAGCCUUCUUGGCCGCGGCAGAGAGUGACCCCGCAGCCGCUUUCAACCAGUGGGGCCAGCAAGCUCGCAAGGAGUUUCGCGACACAACGUUUGUUAAAGAUGCAAACAGGAUCCCCCCGAAAAAGAAGAUCUCAUUGUGGCGCUCGUGUUGGCAACGCCACAGUGGCGUGUGCCAGUCCAAGGAUUCGACCAUCUACGAGCCGUGCCUGAAGAGCGGUGCGGCCCUCUCGCGGUACCUCUGGGACAAACAGUGGCAGUUCACUUGGGUGCGGGCAGACCUCACGGCUGCCGAUCAGCACGAUGUUAUGGUUGCAGGCGGUUAUUUCUGGGUGGCGUAUACCCGAGGUGCGAACCCGCUCAUGUCGCUAUUUCUUGCAGGGCAGCAGCUGCUGUUGCGGAAGCUGAGCAGCAAGGUCGCCGAGAGCCCAGACGCCCCCUUAGGCGUGAGCGAUAUCACGCAGACCCUGGUGCCCGACGUCGUCGUUGACUGCGUGCUUCAGGGCGCGGUGCCAGAGAAGACGGGCAUCGCCGAUGAGGAUUGCAAGUUCCUCCAGAUGUUUGACCCCAGCACCGGCUGCGGUCGGCUCAUUGCUCACUUCCACAGCCUCUUCAACGCAACGGAUAUCGAGGGCACGAUUUCGACAGUUGGCAACAUCUUGCAGACCCUCCCGCGCGUUGAGGGGCCUGAGUUGGUGCUGGAGAGUAGUGGCGACGACGACCCUGCGGCGCCCGGCGAGGCCGCCGAGGCCGCGGCCGCAGCUGCCCCAGCUGCCGCAGCCGACAUAGAGGCGGGGCCAGCGGCCGCAGCAGAGGCUGACCCAGCGCCACCGCCCCCGAUUCCAGCCCCAGAAUGGGGCCGCCGAAGGCGGGGCACACCGUGGGGCGACUUCCAGAUCGCACAGAUCUGGAGCGGGGACGUCCAUAUUGGUCGGGGUGCCACCUGCGGUCAGCACCAGAACGCCCUAGACGGCGCAGUUUGCAAGCGUAACAUCAAGUACAGAGGUCGCCGUGGGACAGACAUUCUGGACGAUGCGGGCUGCGUGCGGCAGCUGAAGCGCUGGCUGCUGGCGGGCUGUCUGAGCUCAGACACCAUCUUGGAGCUGGGAGUUCAGCUCACAACCUUCGGAAUUACCCCGCCCGCGAUGAGCAAGCACCCCGAGCUGCCCGCCAGCCAGCCUCCCGCUCUCGCGGCGAAGUCCAUCAUGGCUUCCCUACGCCGCAAUGCUGCGACGGCCCCCUCCGGCAGCGCCGGCUCCGACGGCCCCAGGAAGAAGCCCCAGGCGGCGGCCACCCCCCCAGCCAAAGCCAAGCCGAGGGCCGCCCCCAAGAGCAAGGGCACGGGCGCGGGCAAGGCCAAGAGCAAGGCCGCGCCCUUGCCGCCCGCGCCCUCGGCAGUGGAGCCCUCGCCUGCCACGCACUUGCCGUCCGCUCCCGCGGACGUGGAGCUCUCGCCCCCCUCGAAGCGACGCCGGCGCCACUUCGCCGAUGACGUGCAACAGGCUCGGGCUGCAGACUCCGACGACGACGCCGCGACGCAGCCAGGUCCAGAGCCGCCCAGCCUGCCCGCUCCCUCGGAAGUCAGUGGUAUGGAGCCGCCAACCUACAAGGAGGCGCCAUCGCCUGGUGUGCAGCCCGCAGCGGGUGCCCCUGCACCCGCCGCUGCUGCCGCUGGAACGACAGAUGCGCAGGUCGCCGACGUGGACGCCACGCUGGAGGACUCGCUGUCUGACUUGCUCGCCGAACAUGGCGUCGAGGAUGCCGACAGGCUAGCCAUCGCCCCUGCCUUGCAGCCUGCCCCCAGGCGGGCGCCUGCUGCGGGCGCUGCCCCGGGGCGAUUGGCGCAGGAUGCUGCCGCUGAGUUCUACUUCGACGAGGCGAGGGAGCAUGCCGAUUUCGAUGUGAGGGUCUUCGGCCCCGAGGCCGCUCGGCAGAUGGCUCAGGGCAAUGCCCGCCGCCUGGCCGCCGCCGAGGCGGCGAAGUCGCCGCAGCAGCCGCCGGUGGCAACUGCCCUGGUGCUCCGCGAGGCGGAUCUGGACGUGCAGGCCGUCGGCGACCUCCUCGGCAGCCUCUUCCAGGGCUUGCCCGACGCGGACAGCGACGCUAGCGACGAGCCUCCCGCGCCUGCGCCCCCAGUGGACGAGGCCGUUGCUGGCAGUGGCUGUGCGCGUAUCGAGGACGUCGGCUUAGUGGAGACCGCGCCUCUGGGGGUCCAGAUCGAGCCCCACGCGGCGGUUGGCGGGGUCGUGAACCAGCCAGAGACGGACCCAUGGCUGCAGCCCACCCCCGUCGACCUUGGAGCUGACCCAUGCGUCGCGGACGGCGCGCCGUCUCACCAGAGUUCCGACCCAUUCUCGUAUGAGACCCAGCCUUCGUCGUUGGAGACCGACGUGCCCUCGCCGCCUGAGGGGCCUGAGCCACCGCCAGGGCUUUACCUGCAGGUGCCGCCGCCGCCGCCCUUGCACCCGCCGACUGAGAGUGCCGACUCCGUUCUGCCAUCCCAGGACGUGCUGCCAAGCAAGGCCCCACCACCAGCGCAGCCCUUCAGUCCGAUCCACGCCCCGCCGCUCGCUACCAUCCACGGCGUUCCAGCAAAGCCACCGCCGGGCGUGUCUGCGAGCGUGUGGCUAGGGAAGCCGCCGCCAGCCACCCGCGCGCCGCGCAGGAUGGCGCUCCCGCCACCACCGCCCAAGACGCCUCCCGCGGGCGCGAAGGCCCCGCCCGCGCUGGCUUCACCAGCCCCGCAGCCAAAGCCCAAGCCGCCCCCCGCGGCCUUCCUCGCGGGUGAGCGUUCCGCUCGCGAGCUCGCGCUGGCAGUGCGCGCGCCGCUCGCACCUGUGCCUGAGGGCAGCAUGGUGCCGGCGGCUGGCAGCUCGAGCGCGGGCAUCCCGUUCAAGAAUCCGCCGGCGAAGCAUCCGGCUGGGGCGACUCAGGUCUACGCAGGCCAGGUGCAGCGCCGAAUCGCCUUCAGGGUCCAAGACGACCCGCUGCAACUGGCCAUCAAAGCCAUGCACGACAAGAUCCCACCUCAGCACUUGCCCUGUCUCCUGGACGGUAUCUCCGAGGGUGCCUUCAAGGUUGGGACAGGCAAGGCUUGGCGCAUGACUGCGGACUACAUUCAAAAAGCUCGGCCUCGCGUCGUUGUUCUGGAGAACCUCACCGCGCUCAUGAAUGAGGCAGAGCCGGGGGCGUGCCCCGACAGCAUCGCCAUCUGCGAGUUCCUGCGCGAGAACGGCUACUCAGCCCGCGCCGCGGCGAUGCGUGUGAACGCGCAGGAGUACGGCUCCGUCGUCACGCGCAUCCGCAUGGCGGUGGUGGCCUUGCUUGAUGAUUCGGUUGGAGCGGGGCUUGCUGUGGUAUCGUCCGUGCUUCCGGCGAUCAAGGUCCCACAGCUGCCGCUCGAUUCUUUCUUCGAUUGGGAGAGCGUUCCCCUCUUUGAGGGUUCCGAGCCCCCCGCGAUCAAGAACCUGAAAGGUCUUUCGCAACAACAUGGUGAGUACUUCACGGAUGCAGGCAUCGCUUGCCCUCCUGACCUCACAAACUACGAUCCAGAGUUGGCGACUGUGGUGAGCCCGCUGUGCAACGCGCAGAUCGAGGUGGCAAUCUACGGCCACGAGUGCGACCCCUGGCCAGCAGCUCCAGGGAUCAUCCAGUGGGCAGAUAUCAACUUGUCUCUUCGUUUCUCCCUCGGGAGCGAUGGCCGCGGAGCCGUGUUCAAGGAAGCGAUGCCGACUCUCACUACCAAGUCGGUGCUCAUGAUGAGGCUGAUCACGGGCGAGCUCCUGCUCAGGCUCAUCGGCUUCUUUGGUGCCGGGCCCACUGAGUUAUCCCAUUGCGUCGGGGCCCGCACGCCGCUGAACCACUGCCGCCUGCGGGUCGCGCGUUCAGCUCGGAGGCUCGAGAGCUUCCUGCUGCGGAGGCCGCCCACUAAAGCACCGCGGCCCCGCGCCACCUGGCCCGUCGCCCCGCGGACUCACAGGCCCAUGGCAGACACUGGCGCUAACCAGCCUGACCCAGCGGAGACGCCCGACCUUCUCUACGGCCGCGGCGAUCCGUCUCGGGCCCGUUACGGGCUGUGGGGCGCUGAGAACGUCGACAAAAUCGUGAUCUCUUGCACGUUUGAGGCAGGCGUGCAAGUUGAGGACCACGUCUUCAAUGGUGAGUGCUUGCACUGGGGGUUCAAGCCAAUGAACAAGAAGAACCGCGGCUCGUUCUGCUUCUACUGUGUGCGGACGCACGCAGGAUUCUACGGAGAUCAGCCAGCGACGCAGACGUGCGCCCUGCUGGUUCCAGUCAUUGGCAGCAACCGUGAAGUGCGCGAGGAGUUCUUCACUCGCCGACACGAGGCCGUGGCCUACUUCGUGAAUGCGAAGGCCACCCGCGGGGUCAGAGUUGCCUGGCGCGAGAUCCAAGAGAAGGUCGAGAGCUACAAUAAGCACGAGGUGCAGACGAAGCGAGCUCCAGACAGGAUACUUCUACUUGCCGAUUAUCAGGCGUCGCUGGGCGACCCGUACAGCAACGGUAAGGGCCACCAGGUGUGCAUGUACAAAGGGCACCAGUGCGUCCGCAUCCCUGGGAAGCUGGAGUGGCUGGUCCAAGAAGUGGAGACGCAAGGCGUUAGCAAACGCCGCCUGAACCAGCACUCGGACGACGCCAUCUUCGAUGGUCAGCUCCAGCGUGGAUUUGAUGGGUUGGUGUCUAGUCUGACAAGCUUGUUUGCACGGCCAUCUGGUGAGGAAGCCCCUAGCAUUUUUGCCAAGGCGUCUGCGCCGCCGCAGCCAGCAGGCAUCCCGGCUCCGCCAGCUGUCGCUACGCCACAGGGUGGGAUGCAGCCCGGCAGCAGCUGCGGCGCGUUUCAGGCCGCGUCCUUCCCAGUGGCCAUGCCGCAAGCAGCGCCGCCAUCAGCACCCAGCGUGCCUGAGCCAGAGAAAGGCGCCAGGGCCAAAGGCAAGGCUGGGGCGGGUCCUCGGCGCAUCCGUCCAUCCACCGAGUCUGACUCAGAGGGCGCGAACAGCCGCCGGGGACCUGGCCGCCCGCGCGCGAACAGGCGCCAGGUGCUGCUCACGCACUUGAAGGAGUUUCGCGAGAGCGCCCAGGACGAGAAAUACUUCGCCAUCGCCAACUUUCGCAGGCAGCUUGAGGGCGCAGCCGCCAAUUUCAGCAACACGAUCGUGCCUGCUAAGCAAGUGGAGGAGGAGCGCAAAAGCGCAGCUGAGCAGGGUCAGCCAGAACCAGAGCUCCAUGCGGACAGCGACGACAUCCAGGCGCUGAGGAAGCAGGGCCAGGAGGCGGUCUCCAUUGCGAAAGCCUGGGCGAAGAAUUCCGAGUUCGACAGAGACUUCGCCAGGUCUUACCGCAUGUCCUUGAUUUUUUUGUCUACACCUCCUACAGCGGAGGUGCCGCUCCCAGCCUGGAUGCUCCAGGAGUUUAUCGCUAAACAGGCUGCGACACCCGACGAGGCUAUGUGGUGUCUUUUGAGCCCUGAGAAACUAGCGGAAGCAGUGUACCCAGCGCCAGCGUCGCAGAUGGCAAUGUGCACUGACAUGGUCAAGAUGAAGGUUAGCAUGAUUGCGCAGAGCAAAGCGCAAUUCAUUUGUCAGGAUUUGGUACGGCUGGCGUCGUCUCUACCAUCGUGGGCGGAUGACAAGGUGAAGGCCGACAUGAACGCCUUGAAGGUAGCGCUGGGCUUGCUCGACGAGAAUGCUAUGCCGCUGGCUACUGAGCUUGAGGUUGCCGGCGAGGCCGUGGAGGCCAUCAUGAAUAAUGCGUUGCCGAUGGCUGGCUCAGUCGUGCAGUGGCCAGAAGCCAAGAAGCUCUUGCGCGAUGCGCAGGUCGCUUUGGCGAGCUUCUCCAAGGGCUAUGACCAGUCGAAGCGGAUCAGGUCUCUCCUGCAGAAGGCGCUUGACAAUGCCCAGCAGGACGCGACGACCCUGGACUUGCGCACCCGCAUGGUCAGCACAACGGGCCACAUUAAGGGCAUAUCGGACGUCCUGGCCGAGUCGACGCCGCUGUCAAAGAGGUACUUCGUCACCCCCGAGGUGGAGGACGCGCUGGUGGAGUACAGUGGGAUCGCUGGGGGCCUGCUCCUGGACACGUCUAAGGAGCUCGUGGACAGGGUUGUCACAGCGAUGGGCCGCCCGCUUGAGGAGGCGAUUUGGGACAACACCGAGUGGGCUGGUGGGUCGAAGCUUUUGGCUGACUUGACUGGGGCAGUGGACGAUAUACCGAAGCUGCCCAAGCAUGCGCAGAGCGAGCUUGAUACUCGGGGGUACUCGGAGACGGCUAAGUUGGUCGAUGCGUCACCGGGCGUUGUGAAGAUGUUCCACGAGCGCAACGAGACUGGAGCGCUAAUUGCACGGGUGCCCGAGUACAUGGAGAAUGUCCGUAAGGCUCUGGCUGAGAACCUGACGCAAUUCUGGGAAGGUCAUGCCGUGGCCGAAUCGGUCUCUGCCAUGCUGGAGAAGUUCGCGACCUCCGAGGCGUUCGCGGAUAUAUCGGGCAUGCUGGCCAAGCGCCUCACUGAGCGCAUCGAGAUGUUCGUCCGCAUAGCGAAUGGGGCCAUCUUUGGCAACUUCCCGAAUGACUUGUUCUGGCAGGCCGCCUGGGCCGACUCCCUCUGCACGCCAGAUGACAUCAUCGGGCGGGCGGUCUUGAUCUGCGGCUCGGGCUACGGCGUGGCCCUCACGCAGGACGCCGAGGCGGCCUUCCAGGACGCGACUGAAGCCGCGAGGUACUCUGACGAGGUGUUCCGUUGGCACGUGGGGGCGAUCAUGAACGUAGGCAGGGUGUGGCUUCGUGGUUUCCCAUUGAUCACGCGCAAGCUUGACUUCGACGCGGACGCCGCCGAGGCGUGGGUCGACGGCAGAGAUGCGAUGGACAAGCUGGUCUCCAUCCUCCGCUCGCACGAAGCAGCCGGCGGCAUGACCUUUGCCGACUGGGACUGGGGCGACUUCAGGGGCCCGAUGUUUGUGCAGAACCUCGAGACCUGCUUCGAUGCGAAGGGCAGGUCGGCCUCGGGUCUGUUCGACGGCCUCCCGAUCCCCAGGGCCAUCCGCGAUUCGCUAGUCGCCAUGGAGAAGUCGUUGGUGGAGACCCGGUCUCGGUGGAUCGCAGGCUUCGAGGCCGCGUGCACCAGCAUCGGGGACUGGCAGCCGAAUUGGCGCCCCGUGAAGGAUGUGCUGCUGGCCAGUCCUCCGCGCCCAAUGACGAAGGAGUUGGUCGGAAACAAAAUGCUCAAACAGUCGGGCCAGCUGUGCACUGACAUGGACGCGCGCCCCAAGCUCUGCCGGCGCGCCCCGACCAUCUUCGAGUCAACCGACCUGUCCAAGUGGGAGGCCCGCGUGCUCGAGGGGAUGGUCACCAUAUCCUUCACCUUCACAAUCUUCUCCAUGAAGUACGCCUUCCCCCAGCUCAAGGGACUCAAAAAGCUCAAGAUUGCGGCUGACAAGCUCAAGGCCGAGCUCGAGCAGAAGGGCGCGUGGGCGCACGUGCCCACCUGCGUCUCCGCAGCCCUCGCGGGCGGCGGCCAGAUCCUAGAGGUGGGCGACGGUGAGGUCCCCUCCGACGCGUUCGGCGCGGCUGCGUGA